AUGAGUGAACUCGCUGAAGAAACAAGCAAGCUCCAGCUGGACUCCACGCCAUUUGGAAAGCCCAUGUUGAAAGAGUUCCUCUUCGACCCAGCUUAUCGCAACCUGAACCAUGGCUCAUUCGGCACUAUCCCGCGCCACAUUCAAAAAGUCCUCCGCGCCUACCAAGACAAGACAGAGGCCCGUCCGGAUCCCUUCAUCCGCUGGACCUACCACGACCACCUUAGGGAAUCCCGCAAAGCGGUAGCAGAGAUCAUCAACACCCCCCUCGAAUGCACCGUCUUCGUCCCCAACGCCACAACCGGCGUGAACACCGUCCUCCGCAACCUCGCCUGGUCCGCGGAUGGCCUCGACGAGAUACUCUACUUCUCCACCAUCUACGGCGGCUGCGCCAAGACUAUUGACUACAUCGUCGACACCCGAAACGGCCUCGUCUCCGAGCGCGGGAUCCCGCUGACCUACCCCAUGGAGGACGACGAGAUCGUCACCCUCUUCCGCGACGCCGUCGCCACGAGCCGCGCGGAGGGCAAACGCCCCAAAAUCUGCGUCUUUGACGUCGUCACUAGCUUACCCGGCAUCUGCUUCCCCUGGGAAGCCAUGACCGCCGCCUGUCGCGAACUAGACAUUCUGAGUCUCAUCGACGGCGCGCAGGGCAUCGGGAUGGUGCACCUCAACGUCUCGGCCGCCGACCCGGACUUCUUCGUGUCCAACUGCCACAAGUGGCUCCACGUCCCGCGUGGGUGCGCCGUCUUUUACGUCCCCGAGCGGAACCAGCACCUCAUGGCCUCGACGGUGCCGACGUCGCACGGCUACGUCCCCCGUUCUGGCCAGGUGCGCUUCAAUCCGCUGCCGGACAGCAAGGAUUCACUCUUUGUUACCAACUUUGGGUUCAACGGGACGUUUGAUAAUAGCCCGAACCUGUGUGUCAAGGACUCGGUCGAGUGGCGCAAGAGCGUUGGUGGAGAGGACAAGAUUAUCGACUACCUGCACACUUUGGCCAAGAGUGGCGGCAAGAAGAUUGCGGCGAUCCUCGGAACGUUCAUUCUAGAUAACAAGUCUGAGACGCUGACAAAGUGCGCCAUGGUCAAUGUUGCGUUGCCAAUGGUGACGGGACCUGAUGCAGAGACUGUUUCAGUGGGUUCUGAUGGCACUGUCGUCGUUCCCGAGACAGAGGCCGGGGUUGUUGGGAGCUGGGUGGUGUCGAAAUUGAUGGAUGAAUACCAGACUUUCCUGCCCAUUUACAGGCACGAUGGCCGUUGGUUCACGAGGGUGAGUGCACAGAUCUACCUUGACGAAUCGGACUUUGAGUGGACCGGCAAUAUGUUGAAGGAUCUGUGUAAGCGCGUGGGGAAUCGAGAGUACAAAGGAAAAGCGAGUGAGUAA